AUGUCAACACAAUCAGGUAUUACUGUAUCAAAGGAAAUCAUAACAUCCUUGAGUGACAAUGGGUCGAGCCCAUUGGUUAUCAAAAUAUCGGAUGAUAAUACAAAGUUAAUACUAGAUCCCGAAUUCUCACAUAAAAGCAUCAAUGAAUUAGAGGAAAGAUUUAAGGCAGUAAAAGAGUAUGUCAGUUCAAUUUAUCCUCAACCACGUUAUGUUGUCAUACCUAAAGACUCAAAUUCCAAUAUCUUCAUAAGUAUCGUUCCAGAUGUUGCCCCAAUUCGUCAAAAAAUGCUUUAUGCUUCAACUAAGAAUACCCUUACUAGCGCAAUAAGUUCUUUUGACAUUCAUAAAAGUGAUAUCCUAGCCUUGACUGACCUAGAUGAACUUACAUAUGAGAACUAUAAUCAAUCUGAUAAUACAGUCAACUUAUUAACAAAGGAGGAGAAAACUUUAGAUGAUAUCAAUACUCUUCAGGAUUUAACUCUUGACAACUCCUUUAAAAAGGAAUUGGUCUCCAUGUCAUCUCCGCAGGAAAAACUUCUUUAUAACUUUGAUGAAGAGUUCCAGCGAGAAUUGACUUCCAUGCUUAAUUCUAGCGAACAAGCCUAUAAAUUUGUUGCUUUUGCCAUUGAUUCUACAAAAGAAGUCAUUCGUUUGGUAUCGUCGAAUGAUAAGGUAGCCAUUGAAUCAUUGAUCUCAGAAAUAGAGAAAGUACAACCAGAAAACUAUCCAGUAUAUAUUCUUUACAAUUAUUCCCCGAAGUCGUAUGCUUUUAUUUAUUCUUGUCCCUCUGGCUCGAAAGUUAAAGAUAGAAUGACAUAUGCUGCUUUUAAGCAAGGUUUGUUGGCUCACUUGGUGAAAGAAUUUGGUUCCAAAGAUUUAAAAGUUGAUAAGUCGAUAGAGGUGGGCGACCCAGAGGAAUUAGAGAUAGGAGAGUUGCAAGUAUCUUCGAAUUCGGCUCCAUCUGAACCUUCUAAGGGCAGAUUAAAAUUUAACAAACCAAAAGGACCUCGUCGGAGGUAA